AUGGCCUCUGCGCGGGAUCGCAAACCUAGUCGCAUGAGUCUUUCGCCAAAUGUCUCCAGAACUUCCAUCGAUAAACCUCGCUCGAGACGUGUCGCCGGUCCCUUUAAUGCAAUGAACCAAACAGAGGCCCGUCUGCGCGAUGACCCUCGUCCCCGCUCCCAAGCCGCCCUCAAACGUUCCAAGCAAGAGGGCAAGGAUGAGAAACGGAAGGAAGCGCCACUCUAUCACGCUUUGAAAAUGCAGACCACCUUGACCCCCGUCACCUACGGUCGUCGUACGGCCAUCAAAUCCAAAAUCUCCAAUCUCACCAGCUUCGAUCAUUUCCCUCUCCUCCCCGUCGUUCGACACUCCAUUUUCUCUCAGGGUCUGCCUGGUCUCGCCGACGUUAGCCCAACUCCCAUUCAACGAGUGGCUAUCCCCCAACUCCUCGCCGCGAUUCCGAAACAUCAGCAGAAGAAGCCCGGCCCCGAUGACCCCCAGUACGAGCAAUUCCUUCUCGCUGCCGAAACCGGUUCAGGCAAGACAUUGGCCUACCUCCUCCCGGUCCUGGAUGCCAUCAAGCGCGCGGAAGCUCGAGACUUGGAGGAAGAAAAAAUACUAGCAGAGGAAAAGGCCAAGGAACGCGAGGAGAGGCUGAAGAACCGAACAUACGAGCUUGAGCCCGAGGAGCCCCCCAUGACUGAUUGUGGCCGCCCUCGAGCCAUCAUCCUCGUCCCCACGUCCGAGUUGGUAACCCAGGUGGGAACCAAGCUCAAGGAUUUUGCGCACACGGUCAAGUUCCGCGCGGGAAUGAUCUCUUCCACCUUCACGCCGCGUCGUAUCAAGAGCACCCUCUUCCAUCCCGAUGGUAUCGAUGUUCUCGUCUCAACUCCCCAUCUCCUCGCCUCCAUCGCCAAAACCAACCCUUACAUCCUCAGCCGUGUGAGCCAUCUCGUUCUUGACGAGGCUGAUUCACUCAUGGACCGAUCCUUCAUCCCAACCACCACCGAGGUGAUCGACAAGGUAGCACCGUCGCUGAAGAAACUCAUCUUCUGCUCCGCCACCAUCCCCCGCAGCCUGGAUAACCAACUUCGCAAACGCUACCCCGACGUCAAGAGACUGACAACCCCGAAUCUGCACGCCAUCCCCCGUCGCGUCCAGCUCGGCGUAGUAGACAUCGAGAAGGAACCCUACCGUGGAAACCGACAACUCGCCUGCGCCGACGUAAUCUGGUCAAUCGGCAAGGCCGGCGAAAACGCCGAUGGCGAGGACCACGGUCCCUUGGCCCAAUUUAUGGGCCCGCACAUCAAGAAGAUUCUCGUCUUUGUCAACGAACGCGAAGAAGCGGACCAGGUCGCCGAGUUCCUCUCCUCGAAGGGAAUCGACGCCGUCUCCUUGUCCCGCGACUCCAGCUCCCGCAAACAAGCCGAGAUCCUCGCCGAGUUCACCGAGGUCUCAUUGGCAAAGAAGCAGGCCCGCGCCGAGGCAUCGAUCCCCUUCGCGCUUCCCGAGAAGAAAACCGAGAUUGAGCGCCGUCUCCCCAAUACCAAGGUCCUUGUCACUACUGACAUUGCGUCCCGUGGUAUCGACACUCUGGCUGUGAAGACGGUUAUUCUCUUCCAUGUUCCGCAUACGACUGUGGACUUUAUCCAUCGCCUUGGUCGUCUGGGUCGUAUGGGUAAGCGUGGUCGUGGUGUUGUCCUGGUUGGCAAGAAGGACCGCAAGGACGUUGUUCGCGAGGUUCGCGAGGGCAUGUUCCGUGGACAGGCCUUGAUUUAG